CCUGCAGUGCAAUACAAAAUGAACCAUCAAAGAAGAGGAAUUGCAUUAAUCUUCAAUCAUGAGCACUUUUUUUGGCAUUUAAAGCUGACAGACAGACGUGGCACUCUUGCAGACAGAAACAAUUUAAAACGCAGUUUGACAGACCUUGGGUUUGAAGUCAGACAUUUUGAUGAUCUGAAAGCAGAAGAUGUACUGCAGAAAAUUUCUGAAGCCUCCAAGGAUGACCACAGUAAUGCCGACUGUUUUGUUUGUGUGUUCCUGAGUCAUGGCAAGAAUGAUCAUGUUUAUGCAUACGAUACCUACAUCAAAAUCGAGACAAUCACUGACAUGUUCAGAGGAGACAAGUGCCAGAGUCUGGUAGGAAAACCAAAGAUAUUUAUCAUUCAGGCAUGUCGAGGUGAUAAACAUGAUGAUCCAGUUAUUGUUCAGGAUUCACUAGACGGUAGUGAUAAAUCCAUUGUCAAUGAGACUGAAGUGGAUGCAGCUGGUAUCUAUACCCUGCCUGCUGGUGCAGACUUUAUCAUGUGCUACUCUGUGGCACAAGGUUACUUUUCUCAUCGUGAAACUGUAAAUGGCUCCUGGUACAUUCAAGAUUUGUGUGAGGCACUUAGGAAGCACGGCUCUUCCUUGGAGUUCACGGAACUUCUUACUCUCGUUAACAGGAAAGUAUCUUAUCGCAAAGUGGAUAUAUGCAGAGACAUUAAUGCUAUAGGAAAAAAACAGAUCCCUUGUUUUGCCUCAAUGUUAACUAAAAAAUUGUAUUUUCAUCCAAAAUCUAAGUAGAUUGUUACUGAAUAAUGACAACCAUUAACUAGUACUCACUGCAGAGGUGAAAGACACACCAUCUUAGUUCAGGAGACUAAUAUUCUCCAAGAUUGUUUGCAAAAAUACUGUGAUCAGACAUUAUAGUUUGUAUACAUAAUAGUCUCCAAUUUUAAAGCUAGUUUUACAACUCUGUUCUUCUCAGGGAAUUUGGGAAAUGUUGAUCGGUGCAAAACUAUUAGGUGCUCAGAUUUUAUGGGAACUGGUAUUCUAGAUUACUUUUUCCCUUAAAAGUUUUUUGGUGUCUAACUAUGGCACAUUUUAAUAUUUGCAAAACAUUUCAAAUGUUGCAUUAGGUUAACUUGCUCCGAGAGCACAGUUGACAGGGAAUAUGUAGGGCAUCUUUUGAAAUUUGUGGACAAGCAGUAUCCACCUUCCAAUUUCUGUGCAUUUAUUGAGCUUUUUAGAUGUUGUUUUUCUCUCAGCACUAAAGAGGAGCUUAAUUACUUGAGUACAACUGUAGCAUUAAUACAGAUAGAAGACUGCUUUUUGCUUGCAACAUCAUUUAUGUUUGGGGCACAAUUACAGCUUGCUGGUGCUUUGUAUCCUCAGGAGAAAAGCAAGCAGCAGUUAAGUGAGACCAUGCACCACUUGCUUAGUGUGACUUCGCAUAAGCUCACCUUGCACAUAUCUCUAAAGCUGAAGCACAUCAUUUCAAGAUUCCAGGCUUACUUACAACUUCUGGUCAUCUCUAGGCAGCUCUGCAAAAUACUAUAUACGCAAGCCUUCGUACUAAAGACCUUGGUGCUGGAUCAGCCUUUUCCUCCUCUUGGCCUCAGAGGAGAUCAGCCAUACUGUCACUGUGUACAUAAAAGUGAUGGUGCACUUGUCACCAUAGGACAUUUCAGCAUAGGAUUGUUACUACUGCAGCAUCAGCAGUAGCUCAAUGAUACCGACUGGAAGCAAAUAUUUCUUUUAUUAUUUUUUACAUUAUUGGUACAUAUGCUUAACUCUGGGGGACAGUGGAGAAUUUGAGAAGAGUGUCUUAAUCCACUUUCCUGGGUAUGAUGUAAUUGAUUUAAUGGCUCUGCUUCAGUUAAAUCUUUCCAUAUGCCAUGUCCUGGCUCAUAGAUGUUGAGUCUUCCUACGGCUAUUUUUAAGCUUUGUAUAAAUCAUGUAUGUCUGAUUUUUUUAUAAAUUCUUUCAAUAAAAUACAACAGUGAAACAAAUUA